CUCUCUCUCUCUCUCCAUUUUCCACACUCGUUUCCUUUCUCUUUCAUCACUGCCAUUUUCAUGUCUCCCGUUGUCGUUUCGCUCUCGUUGUACUCCGACAUCGUCUCGAGCGAACGGCACUGCUUCAUCCUCGCCGGCCUCUUCUGCUCUUUCAUGACGUCCUAUGCGCUUCCAUUCUCAAUAUGACUGAUCUUCAGAUGCUAAUAUUUGGAUCAUUUACUGAAGAGGAGGUCAGAUCCAUGCAGUGCAUAAGCAAGCCACAAAAUAAUGAUUCAGAAAUCACAUUCGGUUCUUUGGAUUCAGAAACUUUACGAUCUGUGGGCAUUGUCAAUAAUAGAGUGACUUCAGAGCUUUAUUCACCUAGAAGCCAUGAGCAGUCUAUGCCCGUUGAUACAACAAAAUUUUCUGGUACUGAAAGUGCGUUGGGUUUAGAAGAUGUUUUUUCGAAGGAAAAUGGAGGCACCAUUAGCACACAUCCUGGUGAGAGUGGUGCAGAGGAACUGAAUUUAGGCUACAUAGAGUUGCCUGAAUCUGUAAGUUAUGGUAGUGAACCUAAGUUUUCAACCAACUUGUCCUUGGAGAAGCCAGGUAUCCACAGUGUGGGUGAAUUAUAUUCCUCCUUAAAAGAAGUUCUGCUGGAAAACUCUGCAAAUGGAGUUCACAAAGUGGAGUCCUAUAAGGGUAUGUUCAAGGAAUUGAAUAGGCUUAAGGUUAUCCACAGGACUUUUUUGCCUUGUGGUUUAGUCAACUUGGGCAACCUGUGCUUUCUGAAUGCGACUCUCCAGGCUCUAUUAUCUUGUUCUCCCUUUUUUGACCUCUUAUAUGAGUUGAGGAAUCGUGAUAUACCUGAGGUUGGUUAUCCAACAUUGCAUGCAUUUGCUGAAUUCAUCUCCAACUUCAACAUAUAUAACGGAGAAAUUAAUGAAAGGGAUGAAAAGUCUAUUCUAGAAACUGGAAAGCCAUUCCAGCCUAUCAUGUUCGAUUCCAUAUUGAAAAGUUUCACACCUGAUAUUCCGGAUAAUUUAUCGGGCAGACCUAGGCAAGAAGAUGCUCAGGAGUUUCUAAGCUUUGUCAUGCAUCAAAUGCAUGAUGAAUUGCUUAAACUUGAUGCACAAGUUUCAAAUGGGAAUGGAAAAACUGCGUCGUUGGUCUCUUCAACUGAUGACGAAAGUGAGGAUGACGAUUGGGAGACUGUUGGCCCAAGAAACAAAACUGCAGUUACACGAACUCAGAGUUUCGUACCAUCAAAGUUGAGUAACAUUUUUGGUGGUCAAUUGAAAAGUGUUGUGAAGGCAAGAGGUAACAAGGCAUCAGUUACCAUACAGCCAUUUCUUUUGCUCCACCUUAAUAUAUGCCCUGAACAAGUGUGUACAAUAGAAGAUGCACUUAAGUUGUUCUCUGCACCAGAAACACUUGAAGGGUACAGAACAUCUGCUUCUGGAAAGGGAGAGGUGGUGACUGCCAGCAAGUCGGUCAAGAUUCUGGAGCUGUCCCAGAUAAUGAUUUUGCACUUGAUGCGUUUUAGUUAUGGGAGCCAAGGAAGCACGAAAUUGCACAAAAGUGUGCAUUUCCCUUUGGAGUUUCUUGUUGGUCGUGAGUUGCUUGCCUCUCCUUCCUCUGAGGGUAGAAAAUACGAGCUUGUGGCUACCAUUACUCACCAUGGACGAGAUCCAUGGAAAGGCCAUUACACUGCUGAUGCACGGCACCCAAGUGGCAAAUGGGUACGUUAUGAUGAUUCAUCAGUCACACAAAUAACUGAAAGCAAGGUGCUUCAUGACCAGGCAUAUCUUCUUUUCUACAAACAAGUUUAGUCUAAAGCAAAAAUGCAUUUACGUCACAAAUUCUUUGUACAUUGUGUAAGGCUGUUUAGAUUCAUAAUCUGAGUAUAGAAUCGAGCAAUAUCCAACUCGUGGAGGAAAAAAAGAAGGGGUAUUUGUGCUGUAGACCCGCCAGUGAAAUUGUGGGAUGAGAUAUAUACUGAAAUAGCAUUACCUGUGUAGGAAAAUGUUGGAAUUUGGAGAUUAUUAGGUGAAAAUGGCUGGAGAAUAUGUAGCAGUUGUAUUUGAGUCUCUGUAAGUGCCUAAACAGAAAAGUGUUUAGAAGAAUUUCAAGGCUCCAAAGUUCCUCACUAAACGAACCAUCCGCGAAUAAAUUAUUUGAUUUUAAAGUUUCUGGCCAGUGUUUUUUCAGUAUAUUU